CUCCAUUUUGUGUCGAGGGGAAAAUAAACCAUUUCAGGAGUAAAAACACAGUUGUUUUAGGGCUUGAUACCGUGACUAUUUCCUGUAAGAGAACUCUGUGCUGAUACAGGGUUUGAUUUAACACACCGAUGUUGGAGUGAAGUAAACGUGUGUCCUGCUGUAAUCUGGAGAAGGAGACAUGACCUCCAACAUGAGUGUGUCUGGAAAACAGGACUUAAAGAAAGACGAGAGAAGGAUGGAGAGAAAGAGAUCAGACUCACCAGAACCCAGCUGUGUGUCCAUGAAGAGUGACCGGUCAUUUACACGUCCAUAUAACUUCAGAGACAGAGACAGUUCUACUGAUGUGAGAAGGAUGGAGAGAAAGAGAUCAGACUCACCAGAACCCAGCUGUGUGUCCAUGAAGAGUGACCGGUCAUUUACACGUCCAUAUAACUUCAGAGACAGAGACAGUUCUACUGAUGUGAGAAGGAUGAAGAGAAAGAGAUCAGACUCACCAGAACCCAGCUGUGUGUCCAUGAAGAGUGACCAGUCAAUGGGAGAUCCAUUAUACUUCAGAGACAGAGACAGUUCUACUGAUGUGAGACCACAAAUGAAGAAAUCAAACAGCAGCAGAAAUCAGUUGGAGUCCAUAUUCAAGGAGCUGGAACACAAAGUCAUUACUCUGAUAAAGAAUGAGCUGAAGAGGUUUAGGAAGCUCCUGAGUCCAGAUUACCCAGCAUGCACUGAGAGGGAGGUGGAGGAUGAGGAGGAUCUGCACAGUGUCCGAGAGGGAGCGCUGAAGAUCACACUGCACGUCCUGAAGAACAUGAACCACACAGAUCUCGCUAACACACUGCACAACAAACUCGCCUCUGUGUAUCAGCCAAAGUUGAAAUCCAACCUGAGAGAGAAGUUUAAAAGAAUUAAUGAAGGAAUCUCACAGCAUGGAAGCUCAGCUCUUCUGAAUGAGAUCUACACAGAGCUCUACAUCACAGAGGGUUGGAGUGGAGAUGUCAAUAAUGAACAUGAGGUGAGACAGAUUGAGACAGCGUCCAGGAGACCAGCAACACAGGAGACACCCAUCAAAUGUAAUGACCUCUUUAAAGACAAGUCCAUCAGAACUGUGCUGACUAAAGGAGUUGCUGGAAUUGGAAAAACAGUCUCUGUGCAGAAGUUCAUUCUGGACUGGGCUGAAGGAAAAGCAAAUCAGGACGUCUUCUUCAUGUUUCCAUUUCCCUUUAGAGAGCUGAAUCUGAUGAAGCAGCAAAAUCUCAGUCUGAUGAAUCUUCUUCAUCACUUUUUCCCAGAAAUGAGAAAACUACAAUUAAUAGACUGUGAGUGCUACAAAGUGGUGUUGAUCUUUGAUGGUCUGGAUGAGUGUCGACUUCCUCUAAAUUUCCAGAACAAUGAGAGAUUGUGUGAUGUGACAGAGUCAGCCUCAGUGGAUGUGCUGCUGACAAACCUCAUCAAGGGGAAUCUGCUUCCCUCUGCUCUCCUCUGGAUAACCUCUCGACCAGGAGCAGCCAAUCAGAUCCCUCCUGAGUGUGUAGACCAGGUAACCGAGGUACGAGGGUUCAAUGAUCCUCAGAAAGAGGAGUACUUCAGGAAGAGGAUCAGUGAUCAGAGCUUGGCCAAUAAAAUCAUCAGACACAUGAAGUCUUCCAGAAGCCUCUACAUCAUGUGCCACAUCCCAGUCUUCUGCUGGAUUUCAGCCACUGUUCUAGAGAGAAUGUUGGGUGAAGCAGAGAGUGGAAAGAUCCCCAAGACUCUGACUCAAAUGUUCACACACUUCCUGAUCUUUCAGAUCAAACACAAGGACCAAAAGUACCAUCAGAAAUGUGACCCUGAUCCUCAGCAGACCAGAGAGAGUAUCCUGGCACUGGGAAAACUGGCUUUCCAACAGCUGAAGAAAGGAAACCUGAUCUUCUAUGAGGACGACCUGAGAGAGUGUGGCAUUGAUGUCAGAGAAGUGUCAGUGUACUCAGGAGUGUGUACCCAAAUCUUCAGAGAGGAGAUUGGGCUUCACCUGGGGAAGGUGUUCAGCUUUGUACAUCUGAGUGUUCAGGAGUUUCUGGCUGCUUUAUAUGCAUUUCUCUCAUUCAUCAGCAGAAAUGUAACAGAACAUCAAAUCACUGAUCCGUCUGAUCUUUUCAGAAAGUCAAACAUGUCUGAGUUCCUCAGGAGUGCUGUGGACAAGGCCUUACAGAGUGAGAAUGGACACCUGGACCUGUUCCUCCGCUUCCUUCUGGGUCUCUCACUGGAGUCCAAUCAGACUCUCUUACGAGGCUUAAUGCCACAGACAGGAAGCUGCUCUCACAGCAAACAGGAAACAGUCGAGUACAUCAAGGAGAAGAUCAGGGAGAAUCCAUCUCCAGAGAAAUCCAUCAAUCUGUUCCACUGUCUGAAUGAACUGAAUGAUCAUUCUCUAGUGCAGGAAGUACAAACUUACCUGAACAGAGGAGGUUACAAGUGUCUCAGUGGAACCAGACUCUCUCCUGCUCAGUGGUCAGCUCUGGUGUUUGUGUUACUGAACUCAGAACAGCAGCUGGAUGAGUUUAAUUUGAGGAAAUAUGACCCAUCAGAAGAGUGUCUUCUGCGGCUUCUGCCAGUGGUCAAAGCCUCCAGAACAGCUGUGCUGUGUGGGUGUAAUCUGACAGAGGAAAGCUGUAGAGUUCUGUCCUCAGUUCUCAGCUCAAACUCCUCCAGUCUGAGAGAACUGAACCUGAGUUACAAUAAACUGCAGGAUUCAGGAGUGAAGCUGCUCUCUGCUGGACUGGAGAAUCCACACUGUACACUGGAGAUACUGAGGAUGUGGGGCUGCAGUAUUACAGAUGAAGGUUGUGCUGCUCUGGCUUCAGCUCUGAGGUCAAACUCCUCAUCACACCUGAGAGAACUGGAUCUGAAGGGUAAUAAUCCAGGAGAAUCAGGAGUGAAGCUGCUCUCUGAUCUACUGAAGGAUCCACACUGUAAACUGGAGACACUACACAUUAAGAAUCAUAAACUCACCAGGACUGGUUAUGACAGGAGUCUCACCUCAAACCUCUUUUCCAGGAUAAAGCAGUUUUGGUGAAGCGUUAGAACCCGUCCCACAUUUCCAGCAGUUUGGGAGCUGAAUCAUUCACAUUCAGAUCUAGAAGUUCCAUAACAAUAACCGGGACUGAUCACAUCCUUUUAUCCACUCAGCUACAAGUUACUUCAGGCUUUAAUAACAUAUUUUACAAUCCAAAGUCAAAUCCUUCAGCGUCUACACACAACACACAGAUAUCAUCACAUCAUCACACUGAUUACACAAAUACACAUCCAUGUGUUGUAGCUGUUUAUAGCUUAUUUUUAGCUCCUUAUUUUUAUCUAACAUUCGUUUCUCCACAGAUGAUUGAUUCACAGUUGUGAUAUUGAUUUAAUUUUUUUUCUUCUAAAAUGAUUUUCAAACCUCUGUUCUUUGUUUGCUAAUCUGUGUUUAAUGGUAACCAUGGUAACAGGUGUUUGCUUGAUUUGUUGUUAUAGUGAUAAAAUGACCUCACUUCUAUCUGACCAGUUCCUUGGGUCCAGACCAGCAGGGUUCUUGUCCCAGACUUGAACAGUUUUUGAUGAACAAUAACUAGAUAUUUUCUGGUGAAAAGUACAGAAUGGUUCCUGCACUGGUACCUCAUUUCAGUACAGAAACACACACAUGAUCUGAUUCUACAUGAAGAUUUGUCUUGAAUUCAAAAUGUAAGCUCACAUCACUGAGCAUGACAUCACUUCCUGUACACAUGACUACAAUGAACACCUGAAGCUGAAGAAUGUAAAAGCAGCUGAAGAGUGUAGAAGCAGCUUCUCUGGUGAUAUCAGAUUGUACUGAUUUUUUCAUCACAGAGAGUCUCAUGAAGAACAGAAGCGUGAAAUAAAACUCUGCCUUCCUUCCUGCUAAUAAUUAUUAUGAUGAUGUUAAGAGAUUAAUAAUGUUCUUCUCUGGUGUUCAGUUCACAACAUGCCAGGAUUCAUUAUUCUGUAAUCUCACACCAGCUAAUUACAGUAAACAUGUAUAUGAGUGUAAGUAAGCUCAUGUGAUAAAACAAGUGAAAGAGCUGAACUAGAAAGUAACAUGUAUCACUGCAUCUAAGUUUGACUGUUUAAGAUAUUUAGAUUUAAAAAAAAAAACUGCAGAAAACCUGAAAACGUUUAAGUACAUGCACUGUAUGCAUUCCUGUCUUUUAAUACAGUUUAGUGUACAUGUUGUAUACACUCACUGUACACUUUAUUAGGAACACCUGUACACAUUCAUGCAGUAUAUUGGCAAUUUACAACACCAAGUAUAGGAUAUAUAAGCAAAUAAGCAAAAA